GCCAGAACCGCAGUCGGCGACCGGUCUGUCGGGAGCUGCGAGUUGAGCACCGAGCCCCGGGGGUCUGAGAUUGGCCCAGGACGGCGAUGCGGGGCGGCGGCAGCGGCCCUGCGGGGCUGCGGGGAGCAACCGUCUUCCUGGCGGCCGCGGUGGCCUCCGCCUCCUGCUGCCCUUCGUCCCCAGGAUUCAGUAAUUGCAAAGGGCGAAGUCUGAUCGGCCACAACACCCUGAAUGGAACCUGGUGGAUGAGUUCUCUAGUAAAGUCCUCACCAGCGGACUGACCACGGUCUUUCUUCCAUAGUCUACACCAUCGUUUUUAUCAUUGGCAUCCCCAAGCCAACGUCUGGCUCUAUGGGUCUUCCUCUUCCGGACCCCAAAGAAAGCAUCCAUCUGUCAUCUAUAUUGGCCAACCUGGCCUUGGCGGACCUCCUCUCUGUCAUCUGGUUCCCCCUUAAAGACUCCUACCACAUCAAUGGCAAACAACUGGAUUUACGGCGAAGGCCUGUGUAGAGUCAUGAUUGCCUUUUUCUAUGGCAACAUGUACUGCUCCAUCCUCUUCAUGACCUGCCUCAGCGUUCAGAGGUACUGGGCCGUGGUGAACCCCAUCGCCUACUUCUGGAGGAAGUCAAAUGUGGCUCUGGGCAUUUCCUCUGUCAUAUGGCUGCUGAUCAUGCUGUCGACCAUCCCCUUGUACGUCAUGAAUCAAACCGUCCACAUCCCAGCCCUCAACCUCACGACGUGCCACGACGUCUUGCCCGAGGCGGUCCUGGCAGGGGACAUGUUUAACUAUUUUCUCUCCCUGGCCAUUGGGGCCUUCCUGUUCCCAGUCUCCCUCACCACAUCUGUCUACGUGCUGAUGAUCAAGGUUCUCAAUUCUUCCCAAAUAGACGAAAACAGCGGGAAAAAGCUGAAAAGGGCUGUCAAGCUCAUCAUCAUUGUGAUGACCACACACCUGAUCUGCUUCACCCCCAGUAACAUCCUGCUCGUGGUGCACUAUUCUCUGAUUCGCACCCGGGGCCAAAGCUUUAUCUACGCUGGGUAUAUCGUAGCCUUGUGCCUUUCCACCCUCAACAGCUGCAUCGAUCCUUUCAUCUACUACUUCGUCUCCCAAGAUUUUCGGGAUCACGUGAAGAACACCCUCCGCGGCCGGAGCGUCAGGACGGUGAAGAGGAUUCAAGUGUCUCUCAUGUCAAAGAGGUACCCCAGGAAGUGCAGCACCUACACUUCCUCCUACUCCUCCAGCUCAACCAACAUUAAGUCCUCUUCCUGAGGUGUUGGACUUUGGAGGCAGCAUCCUGCUGAGUGUUUGACCCUGCUGAGCAUUUGUCAUUCUGCAUCCCCAUUUGCUCUGUUUACAAAAUGGUGGUCACCUGUACCAGAAGCCCUUGCUCCUGAGGGGUUGGAAGAUUCCAUGAGAAUUGGAGGCAGGGCCCUCCGAACCACUGACUCCACUGACCGAAUGACAACUUCAGAAAUGGUCGGAAAAAGGCAGAACAGUGGAAUCUGGAAUUUCAGAUGAUGUCGGACCCACUGGGUGGCCCAGUGAUUAGUGUGCUUGUUCAAGCUGAUCGCUUCAGUUCUGGGGACUGUUCAUGGCACGAUUUAUUGGGUCAGAACCACAGUCCAUCCAGAUGGAACAGGAUUCUGUCUUCAGCAGAGGCCACAGGAUGGGUCAGAACCACAGUUCAUCCAGAUAGAACAGGAUUCUGUCUUCAGCAGAGGCCACAGGAUGUUUGGAGGAACCAAGUGAAAGUUAUGUGCCUUCUAUUUCUGAACACAGAACUUCAUGCUUAAAUGUAUUAUUUAAACGAAUGCUUUUUGAUAAAGAAAAGAAAUUCACUGUACCCCUGGGGCCAAUACCUGAGGAAAUGACCAUUUUUGAGGCGUCAGAACUGUGCGCCCCACUUCCAGUG